GGGGGGGUGGCUGCAUCAGCGGCAGGAGCCGUUCUGUGAACAAAGAGCCGGAACCGUGGCGAGGGUUUCUCCGCAGAGGCGGAUCAGACUCGUGGCUGGUGGCUGGACGCUUUGUCGAAAGCGGGAGUGUUACCAAGGGCCCCUGCAGACAAAGUGGAUCUGUAGUAAUUCACCGUCACAGACAGGAUCGACCGACAGGAUCAUGGAUUUCAGCCCAGCAGCAGGAACCGCUUUGAAUGGCUGCAGACCCAGCUGCGGUUGACUGGCCCUUGUACCUCGAAGGACUCUUUCUGUCCUGCUUUUCAGUGGAAAAUCCCCCCAAGCCGUUCCCCCAGAAAAAGAGCAGCAGCAGCUCGACAGAGGCAGGCCAAAGGGAUCAUUUGAAAAAGCCCCCCCUGUUCACAGCUGCAGACCAGGCCGCUGUGGGAAAGCAGCCGGUGAGAGUUGGGAGAGGAACAAGGAGGGGAAACCCAGCAGAGGGUUUAUGGGUCGUGCCAGAUGACAUAAAAGGGAGCACAGCCUAAAAACUGGAGCAACACAGAAGAAGAGAAGUCUGUGCUCUGCGCAUAGCAAAAGCUUCACUUCUGAACCAAGCUUUGAUCCGGAGUGGGAAAUGAAAGCGAGUGAAAAACUGUAUGAAUGUUUGGAUUGUGGGAAGUUCUUCAGCAAGAGAGGACAUCUUACUGAACACCACAGAACACACACUGGGGAGAAACCACAUAAAUGCUUGGAGUGUGGAAAGAGCUUCAGCCAGAGAGGACAUCUUAUUACACACCAUAGAAUGCACACUGGGGAGAAACCACACAAAUGCUUGGAGUGUGGAAAGAGCUUCAGCCAGAGUGGAGAUCUUACUAAACACCACAGAACCCACACUGGGGAAAAACCACAUAAAUGCUUGGAAUGUGGAAACAGCUUCAGCAUGAGGGGAGAUCUUACCACACACGAUAGAACACACACUGGGGAGAAACCACAUAAAUGCUUGGAGUGUGGAAAGAGGUUUAGCCAGAGUGGACAUCUUGCCACACACCAUAAAACACACACUGGUGAGAAACCACACAAAUGCUUGGAUUGUGGAAAGAGCUUCCGCACGAGUGGAGAUCUUACUAAACACCAUAGAACCCACAGUGGGGAAAAACCACAUAAAUGCUUGGAAUGUGGAAAGAGCUUCAGCACGAGGGGAGAUCUUACUAAACACCAUAGAACCCACACUGGGGAAAAACCACACAAAUGCAUGGAGUGUGGAAAGAGCUUCCGCACGAGUGGAGCUCUCAAUGCACACUAUAGAAUCCACACUGGGGAGAAACCACAUAAAUGCUGGGAAUGUGGAAAAAGCUUCCGCACCAGUGGAGCUGUCAAUGUACACCAUAGAAUCCACACUGGUGAGAAACCACACAAAUGCUUGGAGUGUGGAAAGAGCUUCAGUCAGAGAGGAGGACUUACUGAACACCAUAGAACCCACAGUGGGGAGAAACCACAUAAAUGCUUGGAGUAUGGAAGGAGCUUCAACAUGAGAAUAAAUCUUAUUAGACACCACAAAACCCACACUGGGGAGAAACCAUAUAAAUGCUUGGAGUGUGGUAGGAGCUUCAGCCAGAAAGGACAUCUUAUUAAACACCAUAGAACCCAUACUGGGGAGAAACCACAUAAAUGCUUGGAGUGUGGAAAGAUGUUCAGCACGAGUGGAGAUCUUACUGCACACCAUAGAACCCACACUGCAGAGAAACCACAUAAAUGCUUCGAGUGUGGAAAAAGCUUCAGCAGGAGCAACUCUCUAACCAUACAUCACAGAACCCACACUGGGGAGAAACCUUAUCAAUGCUUGGAGUGUGGAAAGAGCUUUAGCUCAAGUGGAGUUCUUAAUAAGCAUCAUAGAAUCCACACUGGGGAGAAACCACACAAAUGCUUGGAGUGUGGAAAGAGCUUCAGCACGAGUGGAGAUCUUACUGCGCACCAUAGAACCCACACUGGGGAGAAAGCACAUGAAUGCUUUGAGUGUGGAAAGAGCUUCAGCAGGAGUGACUCUCUAACCAUACAUCACAGAACCCACACUGGGGAGAAACCUUAUCAAUGCUUGGAGUGUGGUAAGAGCUUUAGCUCAAGAGGAGAUCUUAAUAAGCAUCAUAGAAUCCACACUGGGGAGAAACCACACAAAUGCUUGGAGUGUGGAAAGAGCUUCAGCCAGAGAGGACAUCUUAUUGCACACCACAAAACCCACACUGGAGAGAAACCUUAUAAAUGCUUGGAGUGUGGAAAGAGCUUUAGCUCAAGUGGAGUUCUUAAUAAACAUCAUAGAAUCCACACUGGGGAGAAACCACACAAAUGCUUGGAGUGUGGAAAGAGCUUCAGCCAGAGAGGACAUCUUACUAAACACCACAGAACCCACACUGGGGAGAAACCUUAUAAAUGCUUGGAGUGUGGAAAGAGCUUUAGCUCAAGUGGAGUUCUUAAUAAGCAUCAUAGGAUCCACACUGGGGAGAAACCACACAAAUGCUUGGAGUGUGGAAAGAGCUUCAGCCAGAGAGGACAUCUUUUUGCACACCAGAAAACCCAUAUUGGGGAGAAACCUCACAAAUGCUGAGAUUAUGGAAAGUGCUUCGGCAGGAGUGGACAAUCUACUAGACACCUUAGAACCCACACCGGGGAGAAACCUCACAAAUGUUUAGAGUGUGUAAAGAGCUUCAGGAAGAGGGGAGCCCUUACUAUACACUAUAGAACCCACACUGGAAAAGGAAGGAAGGCUCACCUCACUGCACAUGUGUAAAUUCAAACAGUGUAGGAAUCAUACAAAUGAAACUGCAGGCAAGCCUGCAUAUCUCCCUUAUUUUGUGAAAUAUAAACCCUUGUCAGAUUUUUGCUUCUUAUUUGUUUUGCUUCCCUCAGGGAAAUUCCGAAUUUUGUGUCACUGUUUUGAAUAAAUGAAUGGAUAUUCAUUCAUAUAUUCAUGUAUGAAUUCAAUGAAUAUUAGUUUUUCUCAGUGUUUAUUUGUGCGUGAAAGAGAUUCCCUCCCCCUGUAUCUCUCUCUCUCUCUCACUCACACUCACACACACACACACACACAGAGAGACAGUCUUCUCUGUGUGAGUGUGUGAGAGAGAGGUUUUCAAAGUUUUUUAAAAAAAACAUUUUAUGGUGCCACUUGUAAGCGAAGACUAUUCUAACUGGUAAGAACCCCUCCCCUUCCUUGGGAGGAAAUUAGUCACUACAAAAAUUAUUAAAAGCUGUAAAAAUAACGAGAGGGGGAAAUGCUCUAAGAAUUUAUCUGUUUCUGGUUUUGUUUGUUCCUGCCUUUGGGUUUAUGAUGUGCUUGUUUUUACUUAUAGCCUUAAUCUGCCUUAUAUUAUUGAACAUAAACUGCUUAUCGCCUUAAUUUGCCUUAUAUUAUUGCCUCAUAUUAUGCUUUUGAAUUAUACUAUUAAAAUAUUUCUAUACUGCUUUGUUUAGCAACAAAGUUCUCAAAAUGUGCCAUAGCAAAAUACAUGAGAAAAUGGCUCUCUACCCCCAUGAUUCUCCUUAACAAUAUUCAUUGACUAAUAUUUUGCUUUAUGCUUGUAAUCAUAUUAUUAAUAUCAUUAUUAAUAUCUUGCUUGUAUGCUUACAUACUGUGUCUUUUAUAAACUUGUAGUGGACUAACAUAGCCCAACUUCGUGAAAGUAGCUUCACAGAUUGCUAAAAUGAACAUUAAGCAUUUUCCCCUCCUCUUCCAUCAAAAGUACAUUUUAAAAAAAUACAAAAUAAGGCUUUGCCAAUCAGAUCACAGGAAAGUCCCUUGAAAAGCUCUCUUGGCCUUGAAAUGCUUCUCUGUAAAUCCUCAGAAAUUGGGGUAACACCACGGAUGCCAUUCUGCUGUCCCGUUUGGAAUCAGAUUGGUGGAUAUUUACACCUAAAUUGAUAGCAAACAUGUGGCUUUUCCUUCUGCUUGACAGAAACUGCAAUCCCUUAGAACUGUAAACCCAGGACUAUCAUGGUUUCAGUACAGGUUCAGUUCUUCCAGUGAAAUCUGGCAUUUUCAACAUGGCAUAACACAUAAUGAACAAGGAUAGUGGGUAUUAUAGUUAAUAUCAGUCUUUUAGGUUGCUGUUGAUGUUUGGGUAGCAAACGGGUUUGUUUUGAAGCUCCUUGAGAUUGUUUAACAAUAAAUAAGUUAUUGUUAUUUUAGAAACACAA